GUCGGAGUCCCCUAUUGCCCCGGGGGUAUGUAGUGGUCGGGUAGUGGUGCCCCCGAUCGAUGAUAUCAGGACAUCCACUGCAGCCGAUCACAGCACUUCACACUCACUCUCAACCUCAACCUCAACCAACCACGACAGCAUGCCAGCCAACCGAGAAUCAGUCAAGAGAUGGCUCACUCAAGUCUUGCUACCAUAUCCCACUCGAGAGCAGGCACUCAAUCAGAUCCAAUCAACACUAGAACACUAUCCAAGCCUAUCACCAAAGACAGAAUCAUUCACCUUCGAUGACGGCCGCACUGCCCUACUCGUAUCUCUCACUGGGACGAUCCCAGUACACUAUCGCGCACUGAGCUAUAACAUCCCAAUCGCAAUCUGGCUACCCUUCGAAUUUCCAACCGAACCACCGAUCAUCUACCUCACCCCAACCAACGAGAUGAUCAUCAGGAAAGGCACUCACGUCGAACCAGGUGGGAAAUGUAUUGCGGGCUACUUCAACUCAUGGCAAUCAAAACCAGAGGCCUGCUCUCUCAAAGAACUACUCGAAUUCCUCCAAGACGUCUUCUCGCGUGAACCACCACUCUACUCAAAACCCAAACCACCUGCACCCGCCUAUAGCUCUCAACCACCCACCUCUCAAAUCACUUCAACUUCAUCACAACAACAGCAACAACAACAACAACCUCCUCGACCUCCCUUACCCCCUCAACUCGCUCGAUCUCUCUCAACCAACUCCUCACUCGCCCAUCCUGACCCUCAAUCACGUCCUACUCCACCCAUUCGACCCCCACUACCACCCCCACUUUACUCUCAAUCCUCUCAAUCUCUCACACCCUCCUCCUCUACUCCGCCACUCCAUCUAAGACCUAAUUCAAAUUCGAUUCAAUUCAUUCAACCCCUCAGCUCGGUCUCACACUCUAGAACUGUCUCAGCCACUCAACCAGUUACAUCUCAUCCUAACCAGUCACCUCCUCACAACUUUGACCAUCAAUUACAGGAGUGCAGGCGAUCAAUGUCUGCCUUCAGUAAUCCUCCCAACCAUCACCCGUCUUCUGCUCAAAACACGAUCAUCAGUAGGCCUCUAGAACAACAACUCGACUCACUAGCCAUCACAUCCUCAACCAAGCCAAACCAAAACCUAUUGGACGAUGAUCCCCUGGAUGAUGAAUCGCCCCAGAUGAACGGAAGAUCGCCGAGUAACGUGCCUCCACCCCCACGGCCGCCGAAUCCAGGAUUACUCUCCUUACGGGGAGCGGUACAUGCGAAGUUGAGGGCGGAGAGCGAGCGGUUUAAGGCAAGUCUACAGGCCGAACAACGCCAGCUCGAGAUCCUCGAGACCGACCUACUCAAGGGCGAGCCGGCGAUCCUCGACGAGAUCGCCCGUCUCGAGGCCGUCAACGAUGUCUGUGUUAACGUAGGCAAUCGGUAUCGGGAUCUGGUCGAACAACUCAACACGAGAUUCAUCGAGCUCACUCAUCAUCGCAAGAUCGUCGAGGUGGAUGAAUUGGUCUGUUCGACUACGGUCCUCUACAAUCAACUCUGGGAAUUGAUCAUUAAUGAUAAAGUGAUCGAGGAUCUGGUCUAUCAUCUCUCGAAAGCGUUGAAUAAUUCGCUGGAUGGAUCGAAGAUCGAUUUAGAGAAAUUCUUGAAGAGGGUCCGGAUCUUAGGCCAUGAGCAAUUCCUGAUCCGAGUGACGAUCAACCAGAUCUGUCAUCGCCUCGGAUUCUCUUUAUCUUCAUCCUCUGCACCAUCCUUUCCAUCCCCUUCUUCCGCCUCUUCCUCUUCGGUUUUAUCGACUUCUAGAUCCUUGUCAUCAAUAGCAACUACAACCCAUCCUGCCUUGAAUUGAUCUUCUCUUGUUGGGCUUGUGGUCUCUUCGUUAGUCUAACAUAAAAAAAAAUGAAAUGAUGAAAUCAAUUCACUUUUAGUUGGUUGGAAAUUAACCCCUGGAUUUCUUCAAAAGAAUUCUCAAUCUGUGUGGAU